UUAAACCAACAAAUUUUCUAAAAAAUGUUUUCAGUAAUUUUUUAAAUUUCAUUUUAUUUCUUUGCAUGAACUUCCAAUCCACUCAAAGUCUCAAUUCUCUCCGUCUCUUUCUCUUCAAAGAUUGUAACUUUCCUUCACUCUCCCACUGAAAAUUUCUCAUUUUUCCCAGAAAAAUGAGGUGGGAAAAGGUUCAAUUUUACCAACAAGAAGUUGGAGGUGUGGGAGAAGCAUGUCCAGGGCCAGGCAGAAGAUGGGGACAUACAUGUAACUCCAUUAAAGGAGGCAGAUUUCUCUAUGUUUUUGGUGGUUAUGGCAAAGAUAACUGCCAAACCAAUCAAGUUCAUGUCUUUGACACUGCUAAGCAGACAUGGAGCCAACCGGCGAUGAAAGGUACACCACCAACUCCAAGAGACAGCCAUAGUUGUACUACUGUUGGUGACAAUCUAUUCGUCUUUGGUGGUACUGAUGGGAUGAACCCUCUAAAAGAUCUACAUAUAUUAGACACUGCCACAUGCACAUGGUUUUGUCCAAGUGUAAGAGGUGAAGGGCCAGAGGAACGUGAAGGUCAUAGUGCUGCUCUUGUUGGUAAACGACUCUUCAUAUUUGGUGGCUGUGGAAAAUCCUCUGAUAACAAUGAUGAAAUAUAUUACAACGAUCUGUAUAUUUUAAAUACGGAGACCUUUGUCUGGAAACACGCUGCAACAUCAGGAAACCCACCAUCUGCGCGUGAUAGCCAUACUUGCUCAUCUUGGAAGAAUAAAAUUAUUGUGAUUGGUGGUGAAGAUGGACAUGAUUACUAUUUGUCUGAUGUCCAUAUCCUUGAUGCAGAUACUCUUGCAUGGAAAGAGUUGAAUACCUCAGGCCAGAUGUUACCACCUCGUGCUGGCCACUCCACUGUUGCUUUCGGCAAGAACUUAUUUGUUUUUGGGGGAUUUACAGAUGCUCAAAAUCUUUAUGACGAUCUCUACAUGCUUGAUGUUGAUACUGGCAUGUGGACCAGGGUGAUAACUAUGGGUGAUGGCCCUUCUGCUAGAUUUUCUGUUGCCGGGGAUUGUUUAGAUCCCCUGAAGAGUGGUGUUCUUGUAUUUAUUGGUGGUUGCAAUAAGACUCUUGAGGCACUGGAUGACAUGUAUUACAUAUACACAGGGCUUGUUGUACGUGAUGAAAGGAAGCUAGAGAAGUUAUCCCUGAGAAAACAGUUGAAGCUGAAAUGUCAAGAACAAAAUCUUAGUAAUAUUGUACAUGAUAAAGCCCUCGCUACAAUUGAAGUCAGCAAUGAUGUGCACCAACCCAUUCCUUUAUCAAGCUAUGGCCACCCAGGAAGAGAGAAUUUUCCAUUAAACCAGGUCCUGCUUCAAGGAAAGAAGACAUUUCAAGCUAAGGUUACUGAGAGCUUCACGCAUGGAUAUACCAUUGAGACUGUUAUAGAUGGGAAGCCUCUUAGAGGAAUACUGUUUGCAAGCAAGCCUAGCUCUGGCCAUGUACUCAAUCAUAAUCUCAGCAGAAAAAGGACUUCUGUGGAAGCUAGGGGUACUGUAUUAAAUGAUGAUUGCAAUAGUAAAUCAAGAAGCAUGAGGCUGGAUUGUGGAGAUCAUAAACAAGCUGAUAUUCAUGAGAUGGAUUAUUCAUUGUGUGAUACAGAAGCUCCUGCUCCAAGUUUGAGGAAUCCGGCACAUUCAGAUCUAUCAACCCAUAAGGAUCCUGCAAAGCAAGAUUUUUCUCCAUUGGUAGCUCAUCUCAACUUAAAUGAUGAUAAGGCAGGUGAUGCACCAAACUCUGGAACUGAAGUUCUGAAAGGGGUUGGAGCCAUGAGAGCUGGUUACUCUGUCACCUUAUCUUCAAAGCAAGGUGAGAGGAGACCAAACACCUUGGAGCACAACAAUCCCGAAAAAUUGCUAUGACUGGUGAACAAUCUUUAACUUCAUUAGUGAUGACUAACUCAACGUAAUGAGAUGCACAAGCCAUGUGUACAUUUAUUGCUUCAAGGUGGUUAUAGAUGCAUGUUACUGAUGCAUACUGAAUCUGCUUACUUACUAACUGGUGAUCAGCCACCCAGUGUCACUCUUCUUUUUGCUUUCUAACAACUAAUACCCAUUCAUCCGAGCUCUUACCUUGGAAUCCAUGAUUGACUUUAGCUUUUGUUUAGAACUGGUGAUGUCGUGAUUAUUAUCUGCGCCAGAUUGAACUGUUUCUAGCAACGAGGAAAAGUAAUGUUGAGAUGAGAAUGCAUGACUCCUCUGGUUUCCAUUAGUUGUGAAGAAACCUUGCUCUUUUUCCAACAUACCAUGUGGACAAUGUUGAUUCUAUAGGAGAACUAAGUACUUUGGGGCCAAUUUUUUUUUUGACGUAUGUAACCUUUCGGCAUUUUAAGAGAUUAGUCUUUCUACUUAGCUUUACAUAAGAUCUGUGCAUAAAUGUUUUAACUCUUUAUCUUUUUCCUCUCACACGAUGUCGAAAGUAUCUGAUCUCAUUUUGUGGUAAUCCAAUGGUCUUCCCUUUGAUUAUUGUGUAACAAUGUUGAGCGUAUAGAAAUAAGCGUUUUUUCAGGGCAUUUGGCUUUCCACUUACCUGUUGGUGGUAAAUAGAACUUAACUUGCUGAAGUUGAGGAUGGUUGAUGGAACUGGAUAUUGAUGUUUUUUCAUCAUUUCCUAAUUAAUAGCUAGUUCUUUUAUGGAAUAAUAAUGCAUGGCAUGGAUGACUAAAGAGGAUGGCUAAGAGAAAUGGUAGAAAGUCUUUGCUUGUCACCAUUAUUGUAUAUCUUUUCUAGGUGAAAUAUAUUCUUGGUUGAUUUCUUCAAUGUCUUAAAAUUUGAGGUUAAAAAAAUGUUUUUUUAAUAACUUUUAUUUAUUCUCAAAACCAGAAGAUUGAAGAAAUAGUAAGUUGGAGAUAGAUUUGGCAAUUAAUGUUAUCUGUGUUUAUUUAUUUUAUAUAAAAUAUAAAAAUUAUCACAUGAUAAUUCAUAUUCAGGUGUUAAACAUCGAAUUCAUGUAAGAUUUUGUUAAAAUUUUAAAUUAUGUUUUUUUUUUUUUUUUAUCAUAUGAUAUUUAAAAUUGUCAAGAA